GUUACAAGAAAAUUCCCAGGCGCCACUUAAAGCUAAAUCCUUCACCUUCGCCGUCGCAUCAACUUGUAUGGAUUAUGACAAAACAUUUUGGCAAGAGGCAAGACGGAAGAGUUUAGAGCCUGGGGGAUUUGGAAAGGACAGAGUUCAUUACUGGUCCAAGCUGCUCAAUGUCGAUGAUAGUGAUAUUGAUACCGAAGCGACGGUAUCAGACAUCGAAACUUUGCCGGUGCACGCUGACGAGCCACAAAUUCGCUUGGACACUGACCGAAGCUUCGUUAUGUAUCCAGACGGUGAUGUACAUUGUCUCCAAGAGAGCUUAAAUAAACUCCUUGUGACAUUAUUCCGGAGACAUCCAUCGUUGUCCUAUUUUCAGGGCUACCACGACAUCAUUACCGUCCUGUUCCUUACUCUUCCAUCUCCCCUCCACCUUCCAUGUGCAGAGAGAGUGAGCUUGCACCGGACACGCGACGCCAUGGGCGACGGGCUAGAACCUGUCCUCGGAUUAUUGCGGUUUCUUGCAAAGCUCAUUGCUGCGGUCGAUGUCGAGCUGGCCAAAUUACUCAAAUGUGCUGCUCCGUUGCCAUAUUUCGCAUUGAGCCAUUUGCUGACAAUGUUCGCACACGACAUCCCAACAUUGCCGGUGAUACAGCAUGUCUUUGAUUACCUGUUGGCUAGACCACCUAUCGCCCUCGUGUAUCUCACUGGUGCAGUGAUCCUCGCAAGGAGAGAUGAACUAUUGGCCCUUGAGGAGGAUGAAGAUGGUGACCUUGGCAUGCUACACUCCUUACUUGGGACUUUGCCACAGGUGAGCGAUGAAGCAAUACCAGAAGAAGUCGCGGCAGAAUUUAGACAAGAGCACCAGGCUGAAGCUGGCGACGCUGAAAACUGCAGGGGUCCCUCACCGGAUCCUUCACCUUCUGCUUCGGGCGCAGAAAUGGAAAUGGAAAAAUCAUCUUGCAACUCUGUUGUUGCAGACGAUGACGAUACCGACACAAUCGCAGAGUCCGAGUACUACGAGGACACGGAAACAGUGCUCAAUAGUGAUGUUGAUGCAGAUGAAGAGCCAUUGAAGUUGCUGGACUUCGUGGCGUCUUUCAGUUCUUCACCGGGUCGAUCUGGAAUAUUAUCACUUCCACCAUCAUCGCCUCGUCCAGCGUCUGCAUCUGAUCCCCUUCCACUAGAUUCACAAUCACUACCACAAUCAAAUCCCCCUCUCCAGUCCGUAUCCUCUUCACCGUCAUCCUCAUCGUUUUCGAUACAUACUCCAUCAAGUUCAUCUCACGCAACAACUUUACCCACCCGAGAUAAUUUGUCCGGUUCUCCCUCAUUUGAGACACAAUCUCACGUUGACGAUUUUGAUUCGUCGAAGAAAGCCAAAAAAUUGCCUAUACCGUUAUCUGUUCUUCUUCGCGAUGCAGACAGACUACUGGCGGCAUAUCCACCCUAUCAAGGCUACUUGCAAGAAUUGACCAACAUGUCUUCUUCCGUCUCUCUGUCCAACAGUCCUAAUGUCACUCCAAAUAACUCCUCAUCCCCCAUAAACUCAUCGGAUUCUUCUCUCGCACCUGUCUUAUCCUCCAUAAUGGGUCCUUCCAGUGUUGUCUAUACGUGGUCUGAGGACCCUGCCAAGCUACCUUCCGAUACUGACGCAGAACUAAUGGUUCGUGACACUUCGAGAAUAGUCUAUCCCUGGGAUCCGUCCUCAAACGAGGACGAGGACGGGGAAGAUGAUGGUGAAGGUGAAAAGGAUAUUCCCGGUGAUUCCACGAAGCGAAGAACAAGGUUCGGGGACGGUAGGGUGCUACGUCGUCCUGAAUUAGUACUCAGCGCGGGUGCGGGUGCGGUGUUAGUCAUUGCUAUCGCACUGGCAAUGUAUAGCAAUCGGAUCAGUCGUGGUGAACGACUGUCGCUUGACAGAUUGUUGGGCUUAUUGGGUGUGUGGGGAGUUUGGGGUUGGAAUUGGAUUAACAGGUAAUCCAAACAAUUUCUUCACAUCUUUUACCACUUCUUGAUUACCGGUGUUCUACGAUGACAUCUCGUUAGAACAAAACAUGACGUUAGAUAAAGGAUUUACUAUUAACUUCGGCAAGCUUAAUGACCAUAUUAAGAGCCGGACUCUUGCUCUUGGGGUCGGAAACCUUGACGAAGUCGUUGGAUA